AUGGAAUCAUUUCUCGCGGAACGGACCGGCAACAUCCAAUUCCAUACGAAAUCCGCCGCGUAUUGUGUUCGCCGGCCGCAUAUUGUGAUCGGGAAUCCGGAGCCUUAUCAGCACUUACCUGCUAUGGAGGCGGACUCAAGGAAACGUCGAAGAGACUUAACCACGGCAGAAAAGAAACAAAUUCUACAGGAUUACGACAAACUUUUGAAUAAAAAUCAGCGGGAUGCUGCGCAGAAGUUACAAAUACCGCAGUCUACUUUGUGUAAACUCGUAAAGAAUCGGUAUGAAAUCGAGAAGAAGCCGGUGGAAAAAAAUGAAGGAAGUGCGCGUAAACGUGUGCGGCACGGUAAAAAUGUGCAAGUUGAACAAGCAUUAAAAGAGUGGUUUGUGCAAGUGCGCGAGAAAGAUGCUCGUGUAAACGGUCCUAUCAUGCGCCAAAAAGCCGAGUCUUUAGCUAAAAGACUGGGAAUUGAAGGUUUUGUCGCAACGGAUGGUUGGUUUAAUCGUUGGUUGAAGAGAGAAGGCAUUGAGUUUAAAAAACCGCACGGGGAGGCACGUGACGCAGACUCUACUGCAGCGGGAAAUUUUUUGACUGAGGAGUGGCCCAGAAUAUUGUCUGAGUACGCACCAAGUGAUGUUUAUAAUGCAGAUGAAACUGCGCUCUAUUUCAGAGCUUUACCGGAGCAUACGUACGUGUUAAAAAAUGAAACAGCAAAAGGAAGCAAAUCAUGCAAAGACAGAAUAACGAUUCUUUGUUGCGUUAGCAUGACCGGUGAAAAGAAGCGUCUGCUAGUGAUCGGUAAAAGCAAAAUGCCACGUUGUUUAAAAAACGUCAAGAAAUUGCCAGCUGAUUACACCUCCUCUGCUAAGGCUUGGAUGACUAAAGAUCUGUUUAGUAAGUGGUUAACUGAUUGGGAUGAAUCCUUAGACCGAAACAUACUCCUGCUUAUCGAUAACUGCACAGCACACAAUGUUGGAGCCCUUCCUCUGAAACACAUAAAAGUUCAAUUUUUACCCGCGAACACCACAUCCCUGAUACAGCCUUGCGAUCAGGGAAUUAUCAAAGCUUUCAAGUCUUACUAUAGACACGAAAUGCGCGAAAGAAUAAUAGACGAAUUAGACGGAGAUCUUGCGGAGUUUUCAUCUGCUGCAAUAGCAAAAAAAACCGAUCUUCUAGAUUCUAUUCACCAAAUCAGGGAGGCUUGGGAUAAAACAAGCGAAAAAACAAUUC